GUGCGGAGGGCGGCCGCGAUCGCCGCUUUCCCCUGCGGCCCGGCCGCCCUUCGGCCCCCGCGGCGGAUUUCCUCCCGUCCGGUACGCGAGGGGCGGCCGAGCGGGGCCGGGCCGCGCGCCAGCCAUGUCGAGGAGCGCCAGCUCGGGGGGCGGGCGGCGCGGCAGGUCCCUGCCGCCCCGCGGGGCCGGUCCCCGCUCCCCGCUGCCCGGGACCGCGGAGCCGGGUGCCGCCGCCCCGCUGCCGCCGCCCCCCCCCCCGCUGCCCCUGCAGCCCCCCUUCGGCCCCGACGCCUACCCCGGGGCGCGCAGCCCCGUCCCGAGCGGGCCGGCCGAGCUGAAGCCGGUGCGGCGGUUCAUCCCGGACUCGUGGAAGAAUUUCUUCAAAGGGAGGCGCCGCCGCGGCUCCAGCUGGGACAGCGCGGCCUCCGACAUCAGGUACGUCUCGGACGGGGUGGAAUGCUCCCCGCCGCCCUCCCCGGCCCCUCCGCGGCCGGGGCGCAGGUCGGCGCCCGGCUCCUACGAGGACCCUUCCGGCGGGUCGGGCGGGAGCUGCCCGUCGCGGCGGGAGGCGGAAGCGAUGCUGCCCGGGGACCCCCGCGGGUCGCUGGGGCGCCGCGCCGCCGCCGGCCCGACGUACGGCGAGCGGGUGGAAGCCUACAACCGGCGGUACGCCUACAUGAAGUCGUGGGCCGGGCUGCUCAGGAUCCUCGGCGUGGCGGAGCUGCUGCUGGGCGCCGCCGUCUUCGCCUGCGUCACGGCCUACGUGCACAAGGAUAACGAGUGGUACAACAUGUUCGGGUACUCGCAGCCCUACGGCUACGGGGCUGGCGGCGCCUACGGGGGCUACUCCUACAGCGGACCCAAAACGCCCUUCAUCCUGGUGGCCGCGGGCAUGGCGUGGGUGGUCACGAUAGUGCUGCUGGUGCUGGGCAUGUCGAUGUACUACCGGACCAUCCUCCUCGAUUCCAACUGGUGGCCUCUGACCGAGUUCGGCAUUAACGUGGCCUUGUUCUUUCUGUACAUGUCGGCUGCCAUAGUGUACGUGAACGAUACCAACCGAGGCGGGCUCUGCUAUUACCAGUUGUUUAAGACGCCGAUAAAUGCAUCUUUUUGCCGUGUGGAGGGAGGUCAGACAGCAGCAAUCAUCUUCUUGUUUGUCACGGUGAUCAUCUAUCUAAUGAGUGCAGUGGUUUCUCUAAAGUUAUGGAGGCACGAAGGAGCUAGGAGGCACAGGGAGCUAAUGGAACAGGAGGUAAGUCCUGAGUCACCGUGUGGUACCUGCUGGGUGGGCUGCGACGGGGAGCAACCAAGAGAAGAGGUCACUUACAGGCAGCUUAAAUCAGUGGAAAGAAAACCGGAACUACUUAAUGGUCAUAUACCUGCAGGCCACAUUCCUAAACCUAUCGUGAUGCCAGACUACUUAGCGAAAUACCCAGCAAUUCAAACAAACGAAAUGCGAGACCGGUACAAAGCAGUAUUCAAUGAUCAGUUUGCUGAGUAUAAAGAACUGUCUGUGGAAGUUCAUGCUGUAUUAAAAAAGUUUGAUGAGCUGGAUACAUUGCUGAGGCAGCUUCCUCAUCAUCCUGAAAACAUAUAUGAACAGGAAAGGAUAUCAAAAGUUCUGCAAGAAUACAAGAAGAAGAAAAAUGAUCCUGCAUUUCUGGAGAAAAAGGAGCGUUGUGAAUACCUAAAGAAUAAGCUUUCUCACAUAAAACAAAGAAUUCAGGACUACGAUAAAGUUAUGAAUUGGAAUGUAGAAACUUAGCUAUGCCUUCACUUUGUGGAUACUAUUUUCUAAUUUUUAAAUCGAUAUGCAUAUUUUAAACUAUUUAUUUACUCUCAGACCAGUACACCUCUGGGGAUUGCUUAAUCACUCAGUCAUUUACGUAGAUGUUGUACAUUACUGGUAGGUUUUGUAUGCAGAUCCAAUUUUAAAUCAAUGUAGUUGUUACCGGGUCAGUUUAGAAAACCUGUGCUAACAUUCUGCUUUUGUUAGAUGCUAUACAACCUGGCCUCUUAAAUACGAAUAUUUUAUUUGAAAAUACUGUACUUGCAAACUUACAAAGCCCACCAGAGAAGGGAGUUCUAAAUACCAUGUCAAAAUUUUGCACAGAAGUGCUGUUAACCAUUUCAGGUCUUCCUUAUAGGUGACAUCUUAAUGAUAUCAUAAAGAGUUGAGCUGUUCUUUCUGGCUGGGGUUUGGAAGAAUGCGUAAUCAUACUGAAUAAUUUUGGCAAGUCAAAUAUUAGUUUAAUAAGACUUUCUGUAUUGUAUUUCCAAAUGCUCUGCUGUAUGUCAGAAAUUAUCUGGAAUUUCACCUAACAAGAGAUGCAAAAUAACUUUUUAUUUGAGCAACCAUAGUGGGGGGGUGGGGGGGUGAGUGCUGGGGCUUUGUUCUUUGGUUUUGUUUGGGGUUUUUUGUUUAUUCCCCUCUUCAGGGGUGAUGCAACAGAUUUAUACAUGGCCUUAAAGGAAUAGAGGUACAGGGUAAGACUCAUGUUAGUGUUGCUAUAGCCCAGUGUGCUCUGCAUACCCUUCCUGGGUCAUUUCAGUAGGAAUCCAUGGGUUUAAAGGCAAAACACUUUAUUCUUCAUCAGUAAGUAACAGGUCUUUUUGUCUAGGCAGCAGCUGUUUGUGAACUUGGCAUUCAGAGAGUAAGUACAGAAACAUUAAUUCUCAUUCAAAGGAUAAAUUAUUGGUAUCCUUUAUAAGGCCAGGUAAAUGUUUUAAUAGGCAGGCUUUCCAAAGCAUAUCUGCAUAAAUUCAAUAUAUAUUUUUAUAUUUUAUCUUGGGGAUAUGUUUGUAUAUGUGAAUGUUUUCAUAAGCCAGUAAAUUUUCUCUUUGUAUCCGGUUUCACAUCUUUGUUUACUUUUUUUACUUGCUAAAAUUGUUGAAACCAAUUAGAGUUUCCUUGUACAUUUUCUACAACUGCAGUUUGUCUGUUCUGAAAUAUAUUUUAAUUUGAAAGAAACCCCACCAAUGUAGCCAUGUUAUUCUAUUGCUUAGAAAGGCAAUCUGUUGGAAAAAGGUGCUCUGAUUAAGGUUAUUUCAAAUUUUUGUUAGCAAUCAUUUUUUCUUUAAAAGAAAGUUUUCAACUUUUGCCUUAAUUUAAAGGCAAGACAUCAGGAAAGCUGUUUCCAGUUCGAAACAGUGAUGGUGGUACCACCUCUGUUCUUCAGUACCAGAAAUGCAUUAAUAUACCUCGCUUUGGCAGUUACAUCCCUUCUGAUUUUUGAGCCCUUAUCAUUCACACUGCAAUCCUGAUGGCUACAAACCCACUUUCAUAUUUAUAAAGUUGACAUUUCAAUUUUAGCAGUCACUUAAUGCCAAGAGUUUUAGUGGAUUAAGUAAAUAACACAAGACACUGGCAACACAGAAAAUUUGAAAACGUGGCACCUCUUCAUUUGAAAGCCUUCAGUCUCAUCUACCUGGAAGGUGUCUCAGUAUUUUCAUCAGUCUGAAAUCAGAUGACAGUCAGUGCUAUCCCUUGUCUCUCUUAUGAGGUGUUUCUCUCUGUCGUUUAGGUUUCUAUUAUUUUCAGAGGAAACCUCUGUACUUUAUAAAGGAGCUGGGACAAGUGUUUUACACCUAUUGUGCUGUAUACUUGAUAAACUUUUCUUUGUAAGAGGUCUUUGUCCAAAUCCCUGCAAUCUAAAUGACCUCUCACUGUACACCCAGGUUUCCAAUUUUUUCUUCUCAGUGGCAGCUCUGAUUAAUCCAAUUUAGGAAUCAACUGAUGUUUAUAAAGUGGUAAGAAGUUGACUCAUGGUAUUUCUUUGGAAGAGUCACAGUCUGCACCCUUCAUAAGUCUUCUUCCCAUAGGACACUGAGACCCAGUGCCAGGCUCCCUUUGACAGUGGUCUGUUUCAGUCUCUGAGAAACUGGCUUCUGUUCCCUCAGACAGUGCCUGCACAGCCUCUGCAGAAACCCUAGAGAUUCUCCUUUCUUGCAAAGUUUCCAACAAAUGGCUUGGGAAGAGGCAACACCAUGCCUGUGACUGGAAUGGGGAAAUAAACCAAGUGGAGAUAGCUGUGUGUGGAUUGCUCCACCUUUCCCAGCAAGGUGCUGCAGGUGUGGCUAAGUGGGUUUUCCAAAAGCCAGGGAGAGAAGAUACAUAGGAGUACUCCCUUCUGCCAGCCCUUUGGGUUUCAAAGAGGAUUAGUGCAGUGCAUGGCAGUGGAGCAUGCUGAGCAUGCAGCACCAGGAGGAGGCAAUUACCUUCCCAGCUUAGGAAGUCAAGCAGGGCAACAGGUUUCAACCCUCACAGUACAUUACUUAGUCCUGGGUCUGUUAUGGACCUUGCCGUAACAGGCACUCUUGCUGCAUACAAUCGGUGAGCUGGUUUUGCUCUAACUUAUCAACAAAGGACUGAAAAGGGUCUUGUCAACAGUACCCUGAACAUGGCAAAGAAAAAACACUAGUCUAAGAAGCAUCUUUAUCUCUCAGAGAAAUUGAGAUUAAUGAAAUAACAAUUAAUGGCUGGGAGUUGAAACCAGUCAAAUGCAAGACAAAGUAGGAGAAAACUGAGUGAGAAAUAGUUACAGUCAGAUCAGGGAAAGCAGUCUCUUGGUACCCUUAAAGAAUAGAAGGUAUACUUCAGACAAAACUAAAGUCAUUAGAUGAUUAACACCUCUGUCUCUCUAUGCAGUGUCUCUAAUCUCAACUACUCAGCUACACUGUUUUAGGUACAUGUAAAGAGUCUGCUGUGUGACUUUUGCAGAAGGUAGUUAACCUUGCCAAGUAAUACUGUCCUACAUCAGUGAGCACACAGCAUCCUCCUUCAGUUAUAGCCUGUCCUCAGACACAGAGUGUAUACAAUGAGAACUUUUAUCCUUCAGUAUUCCUCUUAGAAAAUGCCCAGCUGGCUCUACAGAUCUACAAAGGAAAAUGUCCAAGAGACAGUUUCCAGAAAUGUCAUUGUUUUCAAACUGGACUUGAAUAAAUCAAUAAAAGGGCUUUUUUUUUUUUUUUUUUUUUUUUUUUUGUCUUGAUAAACAGCUGGAUCUCCUUGAUCAAGAUAUAACUGUGGCAACAUCUUCAUACUCUUUACUGAUCUGUACAUUUUUGAAGGGCAGAUAGAGCAACACCUAACAGAUGUAACCAAAAGUUUGUAUCACAUAGUAGGGUGGAUUAGCUUUCAUCACAGCGUAUCAACUAAAUAUAAUUGAGGCAAUGAAAAACCUAAUUAAUUUGAAAUUGUAGAAGUUACCCAGUAUUUAGUUUAUUAAUCUCAAAGUUGUUGUGGGAUUUGAAGUAUUUGGACAAUCAAUCUACAUACAACAUUAUCAUAUAUCAUGUGUUCCUGUCCAGCAUUGAAGUUCUUGGCCUUGACAAUAAAAAAUAUCCCUGUUAUGAAA